AUGGUCGGCGGCGGCGUAUGCGCGGUUCUCGAUUAUGAGACCGAAAUGAUGGCAGAGUAUGUGGCUGAUAUGACAGUCCGAGUUGUCCUCCCCAAAUCAUCAGUGUCUGGUGCAUUUCGGAAAUUUGUCAAUCAGAUCCUCAGCUCCACUCGUCUACCAAGCACUACCGUCCUGCUUGGAAUGAACUACUUGGCCAAGAGAGUCAACAUGCUCAACCAGAGUGGACAGUUCAGCUCGAAUGAAGGUCAGAUGUGGAAAAUGCUUACCGUUGCUCUCCUACUGGGUAGCAAAUUUCUCGAUGACAAUACCUUUCAGAACCGUUCUUGGUCUGACGUUAGUGGAAUCGCCGUGUCGGAACUCAACACUAUGGAAAACGAGUGGUUGAGGCACGUUGGCUGGACGCUGUAUGUCAAUCUUGACCAGAGCCACGACUACAAUGCUUGGCUCAAGAGCUGGAAGGAAUGGGAAGAGAGCAAGAAAUUCCACCAGCUUCAGCAACAACAACAGCAGCAGCAGCAAUCCCAGAUUGCUAUGCGCGACAUGCGUGAGAGACUGGCACCAAUUGUCACAAACCUCCACCCCGAACCUGUGCGGCACCAUCCUCUUGCCUUUCAAGGCUACACUCAUGAGGAAUUGGUCGAUCAGGAACUAUUUGAUUUGAACGCUAGAUUCGCUCAUGCUGGUACCGCCGCCUACAGAGGUCGGGAAGGCUCCUGGCAGUGCCAAUAUCCGAACGUUUGGUCACAGCCUCAGGCUCCUUUGACUCCUCCCGAUUCUGGCUACGGGACUCCCGAGUAUCUCAACUCGGCUGCCUCGGUGAAUGCCUCAUACGAUGAGUGGUUUGCCCAGGCUGUCAACGGUGGCUACAACAGGCAUUACAAGCCUCCCGGCCACAGCGGUUUCGGAUCUCGAAACGGAUCUCACUCGCACAAUUUCUCCAGCCAUUUCAGUUCGGGAAUAUGGGACUCGACCAGUUCUGACUGCGCCUGUAACCAAUGCAGGCCCCAACUUCACCACAAGACGCCUACCUACUUCCCGCAGCAUGGUUAUAGCCAAGCUGUGAUGGGUUAA